AAAAAAAAAAAAAAAAGAAGCUGGAGGCAGUUAUUGAGCAGCUAAACCGGCAGCUGGACUCGCGCUCAGUGGCGUGUGUGAGCUCGCGAACCUGCCCUGCCCGUGAAAUUCCGAAGUAAAGGCGCGGCGGUUACGACAUUUUACGACUCGUUGAGGUAAAGUCGUGAUAUGUGAAUUUUUUAGAUUUUUUUUUUUUUUUUUACUUGUGCCAGAAACGAACAUGGCCGCCGUGCGGCUUCGUGUCACGUGAUGGGUGACGCUGACGCUGCGCAGGGAUCUCGUGGAAUGGCGCGUGUGAUCCUGGCCUGGUGACAUCACAUUCCCCCCCCCCAGCAUCCCGUUAGGUUAACCCUCGCAGUGCCAGAGAUGUCACUAACAAUCCAUAAAGCACAGAGUUAGGAUCACAUUUCACAAACUCCAGAUUCACUGUGAGCAGAUCCAUUGUACCGCCUCUCAGGCCAGUUUAUAGACACCCCCAGUAUGCGCCCCACUGGCAGCACAAUAACCACCGCACAAAAAAAGUGGCCUCGAUGAAGCGGCACGGUCACCAUCUGGGGUAUACAAAGACCCCCAAUAAUGACAUGGCCGCCGGGUGACCGGGGUCAGUUCUACUUACCUGAACCUGACCUUCGUGGGCACGACCAACCAUCCUCCUCCGCCGGCUCCUCCUCUGUUACCCGGCGUUUCCGCUGCCGGGAGACGUCGCCGCUCUACUCCCGUGUGUGUGCAGACCGUUUAGAAAUGGUUUGGCCCCUACCGGGGUCCCGAAUGGGCUCUGAUGUUCCCUAGUCGCCCAAAGUUACAUACUUUCUGCAUCUGCAGACCCGUAGAUAUCGCGCUCACCGCCAUUCAUUGGCUGAGAUCGGUAACAAAAGUCGCACAUAACGUUGGGCAGCCUGGAACUCGAGUCUGGACUGGUAGAUGACAAUCCAGAGGCGCCGCUGGAAAUGGAGUUACACCUCCGUCAGCAGACAGGCUAAACUACAUUCAAAGUGAAACUCUGCACAUACAGACUCUAGGCACCAUUACCACUUCAAAUCACUGAAGCGGUCAUGGUGCUCGGAGUAACUCCUUAAAGGAGCCAAUAAAGGGUGGCACGCAAAUUAGCCCCUCGUCUUAGGAAGCCAUUGAAUCAGUGCUUUACUGUGGGGUUUUCACUGACGCUGGAUGCACUCAUGCAGAGCGUGAGGACAUCCAUCGUCAGGCAACUUAAAGUCUGGUAAAAUGUCAAAAGCACCUCUACUGGCUGUCUGGUAAACAUGGCUAUUUCUCUAAAACUGCAAUAUUUUACAUUGCAGGACUGAGGGGGCCAGGGACAGUGCACUCAGACCACUUCAAUGAGCUAGCGUGGCUUUGGUGCCUAUAGUGAAUUUCUCCCUUCCUCCAAAGACAGUCUUAACAUUUGCACAAUAAGUUGCAAUCGGAAUAUGUUGCUCAUGCAAUAUUAUGACUGUUUCCAUCACUCCUCAGUUCAAAAAAGUUUUUAACUAAAAAAAUUUUGAUUGCAUAGAAAUUUCAGACAUUCCAACUUUUUUUGUUUUGUUAAUCUCUUUUCAUAAAGAUGUAACAAUUAAUGUUUUACUAUUUGUGGUAUACUGGGCUCGUCUAUGGUGUUGGUGCUUUCUCCCAUGGAGGUAACUAUCAAACUAGUGCAAAUUACAUAUUUUUGCUACAAUUCCACUAGAAUUGGCAGCUGUCUGCCUGCAAAUUCAAGAGAACCAAAUGUUACAUCAGGCUGGGACUAGAUUUGCUGGCAGAUCUGUCAAAUAAUCACCGUACUGAAGCAUUCAGUAAAUCACUAAAGUGAAAAUUCAAGUCCACAUUAUCCAUAUUCUGCUGUUAUGACCUUAAAUGUGAUUCACUUUGAACUCUCACUUUAGUAACACUGUUUCUAUGAAUUUUAGCAAACUUGAAUCCGAAUGGCAAAAUGUAGCCUAAAAUAGGUCUAGAUAAACAGAUCUGGAAAAACCUCUCAAACAAGGCUAUGGUCAGUCACCGUUUCCCUAUUUAUGGCUAAAAAUGUUGCUGUUUGGAUCAAAAUGGCCAAAUCUGCAAGAUUCUCCAAGUCAAGUAUUAAUCUAACACGGUUACAUUUGCAAGAAAAAGUAUGUGAACCCUUUGGAAUGAUAUGGAUUUCUGCACAAAUUGUUCAUAAAAUGUGAUCUGAUCAUCAUCUAAGUCACAACAAUAGACAACCAGGGUCUGCUUAAACUAAUAACACACAAAGAAUGAAAUGUUGCCAUGUUUUUAUUGAACACAUCAUGUAAACAUUCACAGUGCAGGUGGAAAAAGUAUGUGAACCCCUAGAUUAAUGACAUCUCCAAGAGCUAAUUGGAGUGAGAUGUCAGCCAACUGGAGUCAAAUCAAUGAGAUGAGAUUGGAGGUGUUGGUUACAGCUGCCCUGCCCUAUAAAAAAACACACACCAGUUCUGGGUUUGCUUUUCACAAGAAGCAUUGCCUGAUGUGAAUGAUGCCUCGCACAAAAGAGCUCUCAGUAGACCUAUGAUUAAGAAUUGUUGACUUGUAUAAAGAUGGAAAGGGUUAUAAAAGUAUCUCCAAAAGCCUUGCUGUUCAUCAGUCCACGGUAAGACAAAUUGUCUAUAAAUGGAGAAAGUUCAGCACUGCUGCUACUCUCCCUAGGAGUGGCUGUCCUGUAAAGAUGACUGCAAGAGCACAGCGCAGACUGCUGAAUGAGGUGAAGAAGAAUCCUAGAGUGUCAGCUAAAGACUUACAACAGUCACUGGCAAAUGCUAAGAUCCCUGUUAGCGAAUCUACAAUACGUAAAACACUAAACAAGAAUGGAUUUCAUGGGCGGAUACCACAGAGGAAGCCACUGCUGUCCAAACAAAACAUUGCUGCACGUUUACAGUUUGCACAAGAGCACCUGGAUGUUCCACAGCAGUACUGGCAAAAUAUUCUGUGGACAGAUGAAACCAAAAUUGAGUUGUUUGGAAGAAACACACAACACCAUGUGUGGCAAAAAAAAGGCACAGCACACCAACAUCAAAACCUCAUCCCAACUGUGAAGUAUGGUGGUUGGGGCAUCAUGGUUUGGGGCUGCUUUGCUGCAUCAGGGCCUGGAUGGAUUGCUAUCAUCGAAGGAAAAAUGAAUUCCCAAGUUUAUCAAGACAUUUUGCAGGAGAACUUAAGGCCAUCUGUCUACCAGCUGAAGCUCAACAGAAGAUGGAUGUUGCAACAGGACAAUGACCCAAAGCAUAGAAGUAAAUCAACAACAGAAUGGCUUAAACAGAAGAAAAUACGCCUUCUGAAGUGGCCCAGUCAGAGUCCUGACCUCAACCCGAUUGAGAUGCUGUGGCAUGACCUAAGAAAGCGAUUCACACCAGACAUCCCAAGAAUAUUGCUGAACUGAAACAGUUCUGUAAAGAGGAAUGGUCAAGAAUUACUCCUGACCGUUGUGCACGUCUGAUCUGCAACUACAGGAAACGUUUGGUUGAAGUUAUUGCUGCCAAAGGAGGUUCAACCAGUUAUUAAAUCCAAGGGUUCACAUACUUUUUCCACCUGCACUGUGAAUGUUUACAUGGUGUGUUCAAUAAAAACAUGGCAACAUUUCAUUCUUUGUGUGUUAUUAGUUCAAGCAGACUGUGAUUGUCUAUUGUUGUGACUUAGAUGAUGAUCAGAUAAAUUUUAUGACCAAUUUGUGCAGAAAUCCAUAUUAUUCCAAAGGGUUCACAUAUAUUUUCUUGCAACUGUAUUUACAAAAGUAUGAAUCCAAAGAGGCCAGAGUAGCCAAAACUGAAUGCUAACUGAUUUAGAGGAUUUUCCAGUUUGGCUAAUUGGACCUUAAAUUUGAAAUUCACUAUGGAUUCUCACUUUAGUUAAUAACCCUGUAAAAUGUGAAUUUUUUUGACCAAUCCAAGAUCAGUGAGUAAGCAAAAAAAAAAGUGAGACUAUUAAUAGCUUGUGGGUUGUUCUUAUCUUUUAUUUGCAAAGAUCAGUUCAAGUGUUACAUUUGUUUCUACUACAGACUUUAAAAAAGUUACUACAGAAUGAGAACAAAAGAGGUAAAAAAAAAUCACAAAUCCUGCAUAAAAUAUAAAUUAUAUAGCAGAUACGUGUAAAAAAAUACUGCUUCAUUCUUUAACAACUUUGCUGACCACACCAGAUGGAACUGCUGCUUAGCAGACAGUGCUAUGAACCCUAUAAUGGAAAAAUGGGAAUUAAAAAUAAGUCGGUUCUGUUCAACCAGCAAGGUAUCUAUUUGCAACUUGCCCAGCAUCCAGCCAGGAUUACUCUGUGCACCAUAACAAGUUUGCACCACUGUCAUUGAUAAACGUUUGGUAACAGAAAGUGAAAAGUUGACCUUAUAAAGCAGGCUUCCCCAAACUCCGUUCCUCCAGAUGUUGCUGAACUACAACUCCCAUGAUUCUAUAAAUGAAAUAGAUAGGUUGAGAAUCAUGGGAGUUGUACUUUAGCAACAUCUGGAGAGCCGGAGUUUGGGGAAGCCUGAUAUAAAGAAUUGAUGCAUUUAAAUACAACAUGUCUUUGGAGUGAUCUCCAUUUUAAAUGUGUGUGUGUGUGUGUGUGUGUAUAGUAGCUAAAAGAAGCAUUGUGAAUUUUGGAUCUGCGUAUAGUAGCUGAGCAAAACCCCAGGUUAUAUGCAGGGCUUCAAAUUCCAAGUUCUACCCUACUAGCCAGGUUUUAAAAGUUACUCACUGUCUGCCGCAUUCUUUAAGAGCAAAUUUCUAAUUGCGCUAUAUGUAAAUAUAUACGUGUGUGUGUGUAAAUAUUGUUUUUAUACUGGCAACUUAUUAUGGAGCACUCUAUAAUGGGCGUAAAAAAAAAAACUAAACGUAAUCGCUACAGGAGAAGUUGUAUAAAUGGGAAUAAAAUGCAAGUGGGAUGCUUGUAGCAUCCUUCGAAACGAAUAUUGUAACAAAAGGUUUUUCUUUGAGACUCUGUUAAAGGAAUGCUCCAGAUCCUCAAAGCACUUCAGCUUGCUGAGUGCAUUAAGGGUUAACUCACUGUCUGCUUUUUCUCCUUUAUAAAAGUGCCAGUUACAAGAGAAACCCACAGUUUUAUAAAUGUCCUUGGAUGCAUCCUUCUGGCUGUCAUACACAUAGAAGGGUUCCCUUCCUUACACGCUUUGAGCUUGUUAGAGAUUGUCAUGGAGAAGCACUGGAUUUAAUAUUUUUCCGUGAGAACUAUUUUGUAGGCGCAGUGUAGCAACUACUGUGUCUGCAUCUUUAGAUCCCAAUAGUUCUCUAUGAGAAGUGAGAAUCUCCCAUGGGUCAAGCCGCAAGGAGACCUUCUACUAACUUUCAUUUCGAUAUUUUGGCAGUGGAUUAUAUAUAUAUUUGAUUUUAUCCUCCACAGCAUAAAUGUGUCUUUACAGUGUGGAAUGAGGAAUUCACUGCUGUCAAAAUCAACGUAUACUUUUAAAAUGACUUAAUGGGCAUUCUUUCUGUCUUAUGUACCCUGCAUGCCAAAUCUGCCCUUUUGAUUGUACCCUUCUGGUUUCCCAGUUAGUACAGUUAAAAUGCAUAGCGCUGCCUGACUGCUGUUUGUGGUUGUGAAUGGUUAAAUCCUCCCUAAUCCCGCCCUCUUGUUUUCUCUUUUCCAGCUGUGAUCAGGACAAGGAAGAGCUCAUUCAUUCAUUCUAAGUAGGAAACUGGUGAAGUGAGGCUGGGUCAGCGAGGUAAAGAAACAAACCCAAUGUCGACAUGGUUCCUGUUUUUGCUGUCUUUCCCGCUGAGUCUGCAAUAUAAUGUUCUUUGCUGUGUUUUUUUUUUUUUUCCUCUCUUUUCUACAGACAGCUGUGGUCUGUACGGACAUGAUUUGCACAUAUUCAUUUUUAGUUUGGUUAUUUUUCAUUUUAGUAAAAGGCUGCAGUGAUGUCUAUUUGAUGUGAACCUGUUAACUGCGUUAUUGUAAUUAUUUUAACAUUUUGAACUUUGUUUUUCAGUUCACUACAACGGACUGUUUUAUUUAGGCCAAAUCCUUUGAGAUGGAACAAUUCCAUCUUGCCAGUUUGUCUCUCUUGGCCCUAAAUGUUUCAGUUUAGGUUUCAUAUACCACAGUUCACCAUUUAGUGAAUAAACCCUCCAUGGGGUUUCUAGGUUUCCCCCGUACCAACAAGUGAAGAAUUAUUAGAUAUCCAAAAACAGACCGCUGUGUUUCUUAAACCAUAAUUUGAGACCCAGCUUGGUUAAUAAUCCCUAGGAAGUAGAAAGGGUAUUUUAGUUACUUGAAAGAAGAACAUAGGCAGUCAAUUAAUUUAAGAAACCCCACAGUUACUAAACUGUAAAUUAUAGUGAAUUGCAAACCAUAUUUAACAAUGUAGACAAAGGAUGAGAAACAGAUGAAUUGGAUAUUUGCAACUCAAUUUUCCAUGUCACUGUUGAAUGAGUGACCCUCCCAGUGUCCUGAGGUGUGCACUUAAUAUGCAGUUCUAAUCUAUAUUUCAUUUUUGUAUGUUUUUGGAUUUAUUUAUUGGGGGGAGAUGGUGCAGUGUGAGUAUUCUAUUUUGUAACCCCCCUGCCCCCAUCUAAAAUUAAUAAAUAUAUAUAUAUAUUCCCCCCACAGCUCACGAUGAAGGGUUUAUAUUAUCAGCAAAAUGCCACUGCACUUGAGGACAUGUUUUUCCUCCAGGAAAUGGUAAGCUUUGUGUCAUGUAACUACCAUCCAUUAGGCUUGUUUACAGUGCAGUUUUGGGGAUGCACUUAAAAGGACACCAUAGUCGCCAAAACCACUUUAGCUUCAUGAAGUAGUUUUGGUGUAUAGAUCAUGCCUCUGCGGUAUCACUGCUCAAUUCUCUGCCAUUUAGGAAUUAGACCACUUUGUUUAUGCAUCACUAGGCACAACUCCUUGCAUGUGACUUACACAGCCUUCCUAAACACUUCCUGUAAAGAGUCAUCUAAUGUUUAUACUUCCUUUAUUGCUAAUUCUGAGUAAUGUAGAAUUUCUUAUCUCCUGCUCUGCUAAUAGCUUGAUAGAAAAUGCAGUAGUCUCCUGUGUGUGAUUAAAGUUCAAUUUACAGAGCAAGAGAUGCAAACUUUUAAAGUUACAUCUGAUUGAAAUUGAAAUCAAGUUUGUUUGUUUUUCAUGCAGGCUGUGUCAGUCACAGCCAGGGAAGGAGGCAGAGAAUUGAGCAGUGAGACUACAGGGGCAUGAUCUAUACACAAAUACUGCUUCAUUAGGCAAAAGUAGUUUUGGUGAUUAUAGUGUCUCUUUAAGUUUAACUUAUAAAAGUUCCUUUACAUGUGUGGUAUGGAUUGGAUUAAACUGGCACUGAAAAAAUAUAUAACCUACACAGAGAUUACACUUUUGCAUUAGCAACUGGCACAUCCAGAGAUAGGACCUUUAGUCAUUUUUAUUAAAGUAAAACUAUGGUUGUCAAAUCUACCAUACUUUCAAAAACGCAUAUAAAUUCUUCAUGUUGAUGGGCAGCUUAUGAAAAGUGCUACCUACAGUAUGCUCAAAGGUUCUUCAUUCAUUAACUGAUUGAUUUUGAGCUUGCAGUAUAUGUGUCCUACACAUUAGAAGUUACAAGUCAGAAGUGUUCAUAUUCUGCCCCAAAAUGCAUUAGUGAUUAUAAACAUUUUAAAGUCAAAAUAGGGGAUUCUGGUCUAAUUAUCAAUGUUAUCAAAUCACUGUCAAAUGAAAAAAAUGCCCAGUGAGAGUGUGACAUAUGGCCCAAUGUAGCUUAGCUAAAGGCAGUUGCUAAUACCAUGACACAAUUGCAAUUUUCCACCAGAUGUCAUUUUUAUUACAAUUUUCUAAAAUACAUUUUUAACAAAGAUUCAUAUGCACAUGAACAAAAUUUGGAAAUUGUUAAUUUUGUACCACCUCUCUUCUAGCUUUCUGUACAUUCCUCUAUUAACACUACACUUGCUAAAACAGUUUGAUCUAAUUGUGGUUUUCUAGAGCCUACAGUAGAUACUACCUUGUAAGUGCCCCUAAAAGUUUUAGUUUAAUAUAUAGUCUUGGAAACGCAGCUUUAAUCCAUGCCUCCAAGCCCUCUGGAAAGAAGAGAUGGGACUUUUACUUCCUGGCUCUCAUACCCAAGCAUGCCAUGAUGCCACGUGUGCACACUUUAAGUACUGAUACUGGUAUCUGUGCAGAAUUAUGAACUUUUUAAAAAUAAAUAUAAUGUAAUCUGAGAAUCAAUUUAAGAUGUUUACCAGAUUAAGUGGUCAGCUCCAGUGUGUGACAUCUCCCCUAAAUAUUAUGGAAAAUGAAAUAUUAUAUAAUUCUCUGUAAUAAACAUUACACGCUGGACCAUUUAAAAAUUCUAUGCCUGUCUUUUGCACCUUUGCACAGUAUUAUGCAAUCUCUUUUUUGCACACUUUAAGUACCAGAACCAGACAAGCCUAAUAAAAUGGUUGUGGUGCAAAAAGCUUGUCCCUGCAGUCUCAUAUUUGUAAAUGCUGCCUUUUCUAGGCAGCAUUUACAUUUGUCCAUAAUGUCACCUCUAAUGUUUGUCGCUCAGACAGUCAUAAGAGGCACUUCCUGUUGCGGUCCUGCAAUCUUUGCAUGACUGGUGUUCGAUGACUUUCCUUUCUGCAUGAAGACGCUGAACACUUCUGCUGAUUGGCCCAGCCCAGCAAUAGAUUGUGGAUUGGCUGAGAUCAUCAUCUUAUACCCUAACCAGAGUAAAAUAUUUGUAUAGAAAACAUGUUAUUGUUCAUUGUAGACCUCUGCAGACCUUUCAACAAUAUAAAAUGCUUACUACACUUUAUUACAUUUGAUAUUCAUUCUCUUGGAGUAGAGGGUAACUCUGAGCAUCAUGACCACUUCAGUGAUUUGAGGUGGUCAUGGGGCCUGGAGUCUGUAUGUGCAUCAUUUUGCUAUGAAGCCCUUCACAUACGAAGAUUAACCUAUGCUGCUGGUUCCUUCUGACUCCAUUGUUUUGAGUAGUCUUGUGCCUCCUAAUGUUGCUAUAUCAUCAGUCAGAGAGCCUGAGAAGCUUGCUGAAUCUGCUUCAGAGUCUACAAAAUCAGGUGUCCAUCCCUCAUUACACAAAAUUCUUCAAGAACCUAGUGACUCAUUUGCCACAUCUCUCCCAGAGUCUCGGGAGUCUGGUACAAAGAAAGCAUCAAGUGUUGUGCCUGAUUCAGAGCAAUUGAGAUCAUGUUCACCUAUAGCCACAAGACCAUCAACUCUGCAGAUGCAUCCUCUUGCAGAGACUGAGCCCCUGCAGUCUUCUGCACUAAAAUCCAAAACCUCACACUUAGAAAGUCUAGAUACACCUGGAACCCAGCUACUGGAAACUAGAGAUGUCGCGGCGAACUCCGGUCAGCUGACACAUCCCGGCCAAUCUCCAGCAGACCCUCCCUCCCAGACCCUCCUACUUCCUGGACAGCAUCCAUGUUGAAGGCAGCUUCAACACAUGGAUGCUGUCCAGGAGGUGGGAGGGUCUGGGAGGGAGGGUCUGCUGGAGAUUGGCCGGGAUGUGUCAGCUGACCGGAGUUCGCCGCGAACGGUUCGUGGCGAACCGUUCGCGAGAAGUUCGCGGACGGUUCACGACAUCUCUACAAACGCCUGUAAACUCAGCAACCAGCUCUGGGAUAGAUCACUUACAGCCUGAAAGCCAUGUUCCAGUACCAAUGUGAAUUCUGUACAAAAUUGGCACCUGACAUCAGCACAUACAGCAUGCUUUUACAAGAAAGCCGAUGGCAGCAUGCUCCCCUCUGUGCUGCCCAUGUCCUCUGCUUAGGCUUACCUCGCUGACAUCAUUCCCUGUUGCCGGACGUCAGUGGAAUGCGUUGGAAUGGAGACCAGAUUGAUUUUGGGGAAAGGGAGGUUACUCUGAACACAAACAGUGUAACCUUUUAAAGUAAUAAUCUCUCUAUUACAUUGUUGCAGUGGAAAAAAAGCAAGGGAUCAAGAUAAGAGUAUGGCAAUAUGCUUUGGUAAAAAAAAAAAAAACAAUUGUCAGAUUGCUAUUCCCAGAUUACUUACUUUGAAGGGACACUAUAGGCACACAAACCACUUCAGCUAAUUGAAGUGGUCUGGGUACAGUGUCCCUAUUGCACUUAGUGCUGCAAUGUAAAGGAUUUUACAUUGCAGCACUAAGUCUGCCCCCAGUGACUGUUUACUAGACAGCCACUAGAGGCGCUUCCAGAAUGUUACUGGAAUUUUGCUUCCUAUGGGGGAGGCUUAAUGCGAAUGCAGCACUUGCAGUGCAUGCACAUUAGCGCCCACUCAUCAAGGGACGUUGGAUCAGGUAAGUAAAUAAAGGGUUUUAACAGAGACAGAGGGAGCUAUAGUGCCAGGAAUACAGCUUUUUAUUCCUAUAACUAUAGUAUUCCUUUAAAGCAGCCUUAUAAGAAAUAUAUCCAGUUUGCUACAGAAAAGUGAGGGAAUGGUUCUUGUGGACUUUUCCAUCCUUAUAUUGUUGACGUCUUUGUGUUCUGCUUUGUACUCACUACGUGUUCUAGUAUAGCUUAUUGUUUUCUCUUCCUCCAUGCCAGGAUAAUGUCUCACCUCCCAGCGACUAUCACGUCAAACUUCAAGUGAAAGCUUGCGCACUGAGCCCUAUUAAUACAAAGGUAAUUAAUACAGCCUGAAAGAUUUGAAUGAUCUGCACCCACGGCAAACACUGAUGUUUUCAUCAGAUCAUAAAUAAUUCAGCGAUCCUAAGAUAAUUAAGAAGAGAUUAGGACAUAUGUUUUGUAUUACUGCACAGUAUUGCAUGAGCGAUCUGAACACCAUGCUUUCCAGCUGAGAUAGAUCUAUUUAUGUAAUAAAACAGUGGAGCAUGUAUUAAUGUUUAAAGAUCGAAAACAAAUGUUUUGUUGUAUUGAGAAAAUUAAAAGCGACACAAUUAUUUUUGUAAAAAAACACAGCCCUUGUUCCAUUCAGCAAGUCACUCUUUUUACUUAAUCCAGUUUAAAAAAAAAAUGGUAUGAGCAGAAAUCUUGUUUCUUUAUCUUCUAAUUUAGCGUUUCCUAAAACAGCCCUUAAGAUGUACCAACAGUCCAGGUUUCGUCAGUAUUUCCAUUGGAAUAAAACAGGGAAAUACAUCAAUCCUGGAUUGUUGGUGGGCCAUGGUUUAGGAAACACUGAGUUCGUUUUCCCCACAUUCCAUCUACUGGUGAAUCUUCCCCAACAUUUCAUGAAGCAAAGCAAGCAAAAAUAACACCUACAACAGAAAAAUAAUAAAAUCAGAUUGCUUUACAUGAGCAUAAGGUAAAAUCUAUCCAAGAACAGGUGAAGUAGGGUUAGGGUCCGAAUUACCAAAGUUCUGACUUGCCGAAAUCCCGAAUUUCGGAAGUACCAAACCGAAUGCCAUUGGUCUGUUUUGCCAAAGCAGACACAUUUUUUUUUCUUAUCUGAAUUUCCGAAUCGAAACAAAUUUUGUGCCCAUGCACAUCUCUAAUGCUGAGACAAAGUAGGUGACUACUUGGUCUCCGUAUUUCUCUGAGUCCUGAGACUGGAGUUACUGCGGUCAAGCUUGUCAUUUCCAGCUGCAUGAACUUUAGUUCUUUCUAUGGAGGAUCCUGUGGUCUUGCGGGUUCCUCCAUAGACCUCAUGCUGUACUCUCGUGCAUGGGGAGGUGGACCCCAUGAAAUGGGGACAGAGACAUUUUAGCGUUGGGAAUACAGAUUUGUGUUCCUAAUGCUAAUGUGUUCCUUUUAAGCAGAAAUGUAAGCAGAUACUUUUAGAUUUCUGCUGAGUGUAGAAUUCUAAAAACAGUUGAACUUCUGUUUUUAUCGUGUAUUUCCUAAAACUCGGAAACCGCAUUGCAGCAGAUAUGCUAAAACAGAAAGUGCUGAAUUUCUUGAGUACUGAUACUGGCAUCUGUGCCAAUUUAUGAACUUUUUCAAAAUAAAUAAAAUGUAAUCUGAGAAUCAAUUCAAGAUGUUUCCCAGAUUAAGUGGUCAGUUCCAGUGUGUGACAUCUCCCCUUAAUAUUAUGGAAAAUUAAAUAUUAUAUAAUUCUCUGUAAUAAACAUUACAUGCUGGACCAUUUAAAAAUUCUAUGCUUGUCUUUUGCACCUUUGCACAGGAUUAUUCAAUCUCUUUUUUGCACACUUUAAGUACCAGAACCAGACAAACCUAAUAUAAUGGUUGUGGUGCAGAAAGCUUGUCCCUGCAGUCUCAUAUUUGUAAAUGCUGCCUUUUCUUUACAUUUAGCUUGUAUCAGAAGUGAUGUUGGAAAAAGAAUCUGUGCCAGUGGGAAGAGAGGUAGCCGGAGUAAUAAUGGAAGGUAAACUAUCAACAUUUUGUGUGUGUGUGUGUGUGUGUUCAUUGACAAAUACACUGUAUUUAUUUUAAAAAACAAAACAGUUUAUUUAACGCCUUAAACACUUUGAUAUAAGGACAUCUACAUUAGGGUAAAUCCGCGCUCUCACCAGGAGUUUCAGGUAUCAAUGGAUACGUGGGGCUCUCCUCUAUCCGCUGGGGCCAUUUUUCUUAGCCCAGAUUUUUUAAUGAUUUGAAGGCAUUUUAAUGAUUUAAAUGCCUUCAAUUUGAUAACAGUGUGAGCAAGGUUAAAUCCCUGCUCACACCAUUAACCCAAGGUAUCAAUAGAUACCUGGGGAUCCUGUUACUCAUCUAAAGCCAUUUUUAGUAGCACCAGAAUGACCGAUGAGCUCUAUGCAAUGCUGGAAGUCAGCGCUGCAUAGAGCCCUUUAAAUCCAUUCAUAAAUCCGUGACUGAGUGAUGGCGGACAACCACUGUUUUUGUGGGCUGCAGGCUGCUUUAGGGAGAUUCCCCCGGGGUCUGAAUACACCCUGGUAGGGUCUCCCAGCACCAAUCUCGGUGAAGCCUGCUUCAUUCAUAAUUACACAAAGUGUAAUUAUGAAAACAGCCAGUAGAUGGAUGUCACAGACUACUAUCUACCAUGGUAAAUAGUAAAACCCAUUUCUUAUAUCAGAAUUGGUAUUAGCUGUGGGUUACCUGGGGGUUGGGGUUCAGGUUAUGGUAGGGUUAGAUUUAGGGGUAAGAGUAGGUUAGUAUUUAGUUAGAGUAGGGUAAGUGUUAAUGCUGGGUAUGUAUUAAUACUGUUUUAGGGUUGGGAAUAGUGUAGCGUUAAGGGUAAGAUCGCAGGCAAUAGUAGUGGUACAUUAGUUUAUAGGAAUCUUAAACUUACGAGUCAUCAGAAUGAGUAUGAGGUUGGUGUCCAUCAGCCAGGGCUUGUUAGUGGGCAAGGAGCCAUGACCCUGGCCAUAGACUACUGGGUGAAUGUGCUGAAGUGUAAGGCUAAGUGAGUCCUCACAAACUAAACGGGCUGAGGUUAGGUCCUGUGUGCUAUGAAUGACAAUAGGUAGGUUAGAAAAAACAGGACCAAAGCAAUGGUCAUUCAGGUGCCGCAUUCUAUAAGAGCAGUUGUUAAUUGGUAACCCAUGCUUCAGAUGUUCAUAGGAUGAUAGGAGUGAUUAUAAGUAAGAACUGAGUGUGUGAAAAGGGAGGGAGAAGGCAUUUGCGUCAUAUAACACGACUACUAGUAGUGUUUCGAGCGCCCGCCAACUAAGUCCCUAGGACAGGUAAGGAGUAGGAUAACAUGAUAAUGGAGGGGAAGGGGAAUGUCUUCAUUAAGGCAGUGGGUCAUCCAUGCCGCCACUAGUUUUAUUCAAGAUAAGAUAAAUGGAGGUAUAGCUACCACGGAAGGGAGGUAUCUCCUUCAAGCCAGGGGUCCCAAUAUUUCUGGAAGGAUUUAAAGUUGUCAUGGGUUUGGGCUGUUAAUUUAUCUAUUGCAAUACUAUCCUGAAUUUUGUUGCCUAUCGUCAAGAAGGAGGGGAUCAUUGAGGUGGCCCAAAGUUUUGCUAUCGCCCGACUGGUAGCUAGGGCAAUUCUUGCCACUAGUUUAUUUUGAAAUGCUCUUUUUUUUUAUUUUUUAAAUGUUGAAAUCACAUUCCAGAGCACACAUUAUCCUUUUAUGAAGCAGGUGUAAAGGGCAGAGCUUUUAGAAAAUUACUUUAAAAAAAAACCAAAACCUGAACAAAGCUAAACAUAGCUGUGCGUAUUGCCACUUAUACUUUUAUUUUUCAGAUCUUUGUUUAAAUACAGCGGUUUAUAAAACAUGAUAAAUCCUGGAAAGCGACUGCUUACCUUUAAAGCCAACAGGCAAAUUUGCCCCAUCAGUCUGUAUCCUACAAACACUGGGGGUUUUGUCCCAAACUGUUCAAAAUAAAGUGUAAUCUCAUAUCCAUUAGUCUUAAGACUGUGAUUUUGUUAAAUGUUACAUUUUCAAUUAAGGUAUUUUUGUGCAAUUUCCUGUAAUAGAUUUGGAUUUUAAUUAUGUACUGCAUUAUUUAUUUUAGUUGGAUCGAAGGUAUCCUUUUUUCAGCAAGAUGAUGACGUAGUGGGUAAGUUUGUUGCAAAAUCUGCGUGGACGUGACGGUAAACUUUUUGUGAAUAAAUCCACCCUGUUAUUAAAUCACAGACUGUGAAUUCAGAUACACUGACAACCAGGUGGCAACAUUAAAUCCACAAUAGCUAAAAGAGCUGUUAUAUUUCCAACACUGCUCUGGCCUAAGUUUUGCAAUUUGGUUAUCGAUUCACAGCAGUUCACAUCUGAACCUUAUAUGCUACAUGUAUGGAUGAUAAUUAACUUACAUGUUACACCGUGCCGUGACUUUGCCAUGUCCUCCUGUAGUGUGCCCAAAGGAUGUCACACUAGUUUUAUAAACCUGUAUAGUGCUCCAUCUCAAGACAUGUUUGUGUGUUGACUGAUCGUGGCAAUUGUCUGGCGAUUCUUGCCACUCACCGUAUCCUACACUUUUUACAGAUUAAUGUGCACAGCUUAUCAAUGAUUGUAUUGCCCACAUGCUGCUAUAAAUGUGUACAAUGCUGCCUUGUUUGCAUAGCACCACCUAGCCCACAAACUGUGCCUGGGUAUUACUGGUGCAAAGACACUGGUGGGCAAGUCAAGGACAUACAUUAUCUCCCCAUAGCUAGCACCAGCAAAAUUAAUGGCAACAGUGACUCAGCAGAGCAGUUCUCAAGAAAUUAGGAGAGCGGAGUCCAGUUACUAUAGGGACACUAUAGUCACCAUAACAACUACAGCUUAUUAAGUGUUCUUGCAUAGCAAGACCACUUAAUGUUAUCUCACAUAUAUAUUAUUAAGUGUUCUCGCAUAGCAAGACCACUUAAUGUUAUCGCACAUAUAUAUUAUUAUUCUUAUUAUAACUAAAUUUAUCACCCUAACUCCUCCUACAGUUUUUACACUACAUAGACUGUAAUAUACCGAAACGUGUGGAUUGUUCCCGAUUGGAUUGCUAUUACUUUGUGGAACGUUUCGCCAAAUGGUUCACAGAAUAUCGUCGUUCUUGUGGCGAAAUUGGUCCCAUAGGAAUGAAUAUCAAAAUGUUCAAAACUAGAGUGGGAGCUGGCAAAAGCUGAAAAAUCAGGACAUGAUUUCUAAACUGCCACCACUCCCUCAUUUUCAAGCUCACCUACACAAAUCCUAUAUCAAAACGUUCAGCUAUCCCUGCUGCCACUAAAAAUGUAGGUCUGGGUCUUGUGAUUCUCACAAUAUAAAGCUCUUCGCUGUAGGAUUUAUAGUUUUUAAAAUACGACCGUUUGAAGAUGGUAACCGCCAAAAUACUCUGACCUGUGCCGGGCUGGAGCAGCAAGUGAUGUCAUAGACAGGGCCUUUUAUACACCUGCUAAUGUUUUUAUAAAUGUAUUUUUUAACCCCUUAAGGACCAAACGUCUGGAAUAAAAGGGAAUCAUGACAUGUCACACAUGUCAUGUGUCCUUAUCGGGUUAAUGUAACUGUGAAGCACUUUGGGCAACAACGUUGCAAUUAAAUGUGCUAUAUAAAUAAAUAAAAGUUGAAAUGCAUUUCUCACUCUAUCAAGCUUGCCAUGUGCACUUUUUAAAUUUGAUCAAUCUGUUGGUUAGUGUGAUGUUUACUAUCUUUACUCACUCCAAACACUCCACAGUUACUUUGCCCCGUCCAACCUUUCCACAGUUACUCCAGCCACUCCAACCACACAACAGUUACUCCAGCCACUCCACCAAGUUACUCCGCCCACUCCAGUUGUAGACUACUGGUGGAGGCAAGAACACUUCACACAAUUUCCCCAGAAAUUGUAGCUUUUCUAGUUGUAUGUGUUCUGGUGAGUAUAAUCACUCCCUUCAGGCUUUUCACAGUAAACACUGUCUUCUCAGAGAAAAGGCAGUGUUUACAUUACAGCCUAGGGACACCUUCACUCGCCACUCCUCAGAUGGCUGCUAGAGGUGCUUCCUGGGGCAGUGUUGCACACUGUGACUGCCAUUCAGAGUCUCCACCCUCUGCAUGGAGACACUGUACUUUCCUCAUAGAGCUGCAUGGAUUCAAUACAUCUCUGAGGAGAUGCUGAUUGGCCAGGGCUGUUUUUGGCUUGUGCUGGAUCUGACUCCUUGACAGUAUCAGCCAGUCCUAUGUGAAAGCAUUGUGAUUGGUUCAGAACAAGACUUCUGAUGAUGUCAACCAAGCAGGCAGAUAAGUUGUAGAGCCAGCAGAUGCAGACUUGAACAAAAGUAAGAUUUUACUAAUUUUAGGAGGCAUGGGGGCUAGAUGGUGGUUUUUAACACUAUAGGGUCAGGAAUACAUGUUUGUGUACCUGGCCCUAUAGUGUUCCUUUAAAGAUAUUAGUGUCCGAGGACUAAAAAUGACAUUUUAAAGUAAACUAUCUACCUUGAAAUUUAACUCAGAAACUCUCCCUAUUAGAUCAACAUGUUGUGCACAAUCUUACUUUUCUAUUGGUCCUUCCUUUCAGCUACACUUCUAUUAUUGCAAAGAGACAAUCUUAAGAUCUGUGUGCACACUCGGACAGAAAAUAACCCAUCUCACUGUGUAUUCUGAUUUUAAGAAGUCUCAGUACUUGGUAACAUGGAUUACCCCAGAAAGCUGUGCCAUGAUCAUGUGUUCUGUAUAUCUGAUCUAUCAUCGCUUACUUCUGUCUUGCAGGCAUUUUACCAUUGGACUCCCAAGAGUCAGGGCUCUCUGAAGUGCUCUGGAUUCAUGAGCAUAACUUGGGUAAACUCCUCAAACAAAUUGUGUUUGAAAUUAUUUUUCUUUCCAUAUUCACUCUGGCAGCCUUUUUCUCUGGAACUGCUGCAAUAUUAAACAUGCAUAUGUGUAAUAAAAUUGCAGGUUUAACAUAUAAAAUGUAUUACCAUUUAAUUAUUAUUAUUUUUUAUUUUAUUUUUUUAAACCUGUAAUUAUUUGCAUAUUUUGCCAAUUUUGCCAGAUUUCCUUCUUGUUUUACCAGUUCUCAAACCAGAGAAGAUUAGCUGGGUGGAGGCUGCGGGCGCAGUUCGUGAUGGAUUGAGUGCGUACACUGCUCUCCAUUUUCUUGCCCAUCUGGGGCCUGGGAAAUCUGUGUUAAUAAUGGACGGAGCAAGUGUAUGUAUUGCCUUUUAAUAAUUAGUUCUUCAACAGUGUUCUCCCAGAAUUGUGGUUAAACAUUUAGAAAAUAUAUCUUUUUAAUUUUUAAGAGUACCUAAAUGUGUGUUGCUUAUUUUGUGUUUGUGCCAUUUGUUUCAUACAUCUUUUAAUUUUAUUUUUAUUUUAACUUGCAUAGCCAUUUGGGGCCCUUGCUGUGCAGUUAUCUCAGCAUACCGGAGCCAUGGUAAUUGCUACAGCUUAUAACCAUGAGGAUAAACAGUACUUGGAGAAACUUAAGCCAUCUCUAGGUGAGUUCACUAUAAUCAGUAUACAGAUUUACAGGUUAUAGUACAAACUGCUCUUUAUGGCUGCGUGAGGCUUUUCUUGGUUUACAUGUUCUUCAGAAAUAUACUUGGAAACUUCAAAAUUAUAAAUAUGUCUGUACAAUAUAUCUUGAAAAUGAGCUGGAUAAUGUACAGUAAUUUUUUGGACUAUGGGAAUUUUUUAUUUAUUUAUUUUUUACCCCAAAAUAUGGGGUAAAAAUAUGCCUGCAUCAUUUAUUGUGAAUGUCACCCAUCGCAAUGUCUGGAUGACCAGAAUAACUUGCGGGAAGGAGGAGCACAGAGCAUCACCCUAGACCAAAAGGCGGUAAGGCAUUCAACUGGUUGGUUUUUUAUUUAUUUAUUUCUAAUGAAAAUAUGUGGGUGCGUUUUUAUAUUCCAAAAAGUAUUAAAUGUUGUGCUGAAGAUUAACAUGGUCCAGGACAUAUUCAUCUCCGCUUCCAUUCUUCCAUGUGCAGCUCGUGUCCUAGAUUUGUCUAAAAGCAAAGUGGAUCUUGCAGAGGCUUGCCUUGAAGAGACUGGUGGCUUGGGUGUAGACAUAGUCAUUGAUGCUGGAGGUCAGUGUGAUGUCUUCAUAUCUGCAGUCUGAUUUUUAUUAUUCUAUUUUUAUAAAUGAUGCCAUGGUUUUUGAUUUUAUUUUUGUUGGUUUUUUAUUUUUUAUUUUAUUUAUGCGACUUCUAUGCGUAGUAAAACAUAUUGAUUUUAUGUGAGGUUGAAGAGCUCUUACGUUUCUUUGUUUCACAGUGAUUCUCUAUAAAAGCGAGAAUUCUAUCACCAAAUCCCAGCCUCUUCCACAUAAACACGAUAUCAUCACCCUUCUCUCGGUGGGAAGUCACUGGGUCACCAGAGAAGAAAAUCUACAGGUAAGUCUUUAUACUGGCCCAAAAAUGAAUAUAUAAUGGACGUGUAUAUAUCUAAUUAACUAAUAUACACUUAUUUCAUAGUGUAGAUACCAAGAAUAUUAAAUGACUUACUGCUUCCUCUUUAACAUUUAUAUUAGUGCACUAGUGGGGUUAUGUAUUUAAAAUGGAUUUGUCAUGUAGUGAUUGGAAUUAUAUGUCAGAUUUUAGACCAUUCUUCAGUGCUCUGAUACGGUCAAACCAACGCAUGUGGCAAUUGGUUUUGAAAGUGAAUAUAUGUGCUAGUGCUGUGAUGGAACCCAUACAUUCACUAAUAUUGAGAUGUGACAUUUUAGCUCUGUGAAAUCACACCUUGAAAUGAGACAUUUGAGGGGGGCGGAGCCUAACCGCCGAGCUGGAAGGACGCGUUGAACACCAGCUCCUGCCUGAACGCAACAAAAACAAGGGUAAAUACCCCGAAAAUCGGUGCGUCCACCAGCUGGAGGGUAUGAGACAGAGUGGGGACACCCAGGAGCACAAAAUGAUACCAAACUAGAGUACCCCACAGCCCGGAAACCCACAAAAAGCACCUGAGGCCUACCAGCGACUGAGCCGGGGAGAGGCGGCCGCUCUCCUCGAAGACACAGCCGCGCAUAGAACCCUCGGCGCACCCGCCUCCCUCCCCCCCCCACCAGGACCGGCGGGGGUCAUCCCGGUCCACACUAGACACCAGGGCUGCCAACUGACACAGCCUACCAAGCCUGUACCAAUACCUCACAGAGACAGCUCCUCGCAUGGCGAGUCCAAGAUGGCAGCUGGCGGCAAGAGGCACACGGCAAGCACACAAGCGAAGUUGGCGAACAUAGUACCAAUAAAACCUACUGGAGGCCCACAGGAACCUCUUGAAAAACGGCUAGAUGAGCUCUUUCGUGCCUUCUGGCUGAAGCUCGAACACAGACAAGCUCUGACCGCAGAGAAAAGCAGAGAAGAUGGAGCACAGAGGCUCCAGCUCUGCACAGCUAUGCUGUCCACAGCCUGCUCAGCAAAUCCAGGGAGGAAAGCCCGCCAAACCACAGCCCGUCCACGUCCUGUGAAACGCAGUACCUGCUCGCCUAAACAGAAAACUAAACGGAGGACACACUGGAUACAAGCUACACGCCACCGGCGGGAACAACCUUGCCCUCAAACCAAGCAUACUGCCAGCUGGGACACCGCUCGCGGAACCAAGAGGGACCGAAGAGCUGGGAACUACACAGGUGCCCUCGCAGAGGCCUGGGGCCAAUGGGGUAGAAUAAUACAGCGCGACACCUCACCGACACCCGCACAAUGCAUACCCCGGACCACCACGAAACUCCCACAUGGACCGAAGCCGGUCUCACCCAAGCUCUCACUCAAGCCUCCACCAACGCCAAGCACAAAAGCUACGAAGAGCCCUCUCCCAAACCCACGCAGAGUGUCAAAGAGACUCGGAGCUCCGACAAGCGGAUGGGGGAGACCGGGGCAGAAGCCCCCUUUUACACACUAUAAAUGGUUACCGGGACUGUUUCUGACUGGCGUGGGCUGAAUGGAGAGCAAUUCACAACCUACAACAUCUCGGCACCAGGACAUUGGCACCAUCCUUCCCUUGACCUCGAAGACCUCGUAAGAGGGACAUGUUUAUUCUUUUUUUUGUGUGUGUGUUUUUUGCAGUUUCAUUCUUGGGUUAUUUUAAUGGCUCCUAUGACGAACAAAAUGAGACAGCAACCACAAGUUUAUCAUGGACACAGCAAGUAUUUACUAAUGAUACCUGAAACAGGCAUAGGCUGACAGUCCCCCUACAUACAAUUCAUAGCCCUCAGUCGGUUUGCAUUAUUUCCUCUUAUUUGCUUUAAUUUGUAUUCACUCUGGCGACAUCAACAUACCUGUCUCUUAUCUUACCACCCAGUGGACUCUUGUCUCAUGUAUCUGAGGAUGCAGUAAUAUGUCUUGUUUUAUCUAAUCAUAAAAGCUUUAAAAUCUCUGCCACAUAAUUCAACUAUCUUAAUAUUAUAAAAAUAUGUGCGGUUCAAAAAAAAAAAAAAAAUUAAUGGCAGUUGUGCUUAAUGCUUCAUGGCUAUAACAUGUUAACUAAGCACACACAUGCACUGUUAAACUGUUACAUGGUUAUCAUCUGCAAUCAUACUGUGCCUCCGCGUAGGCGAACAUGACUUUUUGCUAGAAUCUGCACAAUGUUGACAUAUAACUUGCAUUAUGAAAAUAAAAAUAUGCCUGCUGUAAUACUACAGCUAGAUUGGUACAUGCGGGCUCCUUCCCCGGGCGGCGCACCUCUGAGGUCAUACCAGCCUAUUUAAAUGACAUCCUCCCUUCUGCCGUAACACCACCAUAGUACCCAGCGGCUACCCUGCUGACAAAUUAACUACAGUUUCGCGUGUUCCCUUAUCUUGAUAUAUUAUACUCGACUACGUUAUUGUCAAUCCAUAUAGUAUAUCUCAAACAAUUCUACUGUUUUCUUGUUAAGCAACACUAUAUGCAUCACUAUGUUUACCUUUAAAAAUGUGCAGUACUACUACAUGCCACAGUUUUACGCCUCUUGAAAUGUCUGUAUUUACUGUUGUGGCAUGGCAAGCUUGUCUGUCAAACUUUUGCACAACAAAAAUAAAGAAUUAUAAAAAAAAAAAUAAAAAAUAAAAAUAAAUGAGACAUUUGAUAUUUAAGUGAGGAGGGUCUAGUAAAUUUGGAUUGAAGGGAAAAUGCUACCCGGUAAUGAUCUAAAAACACUGGAAUUAAUUUUUCUACUGAGCUUUCAAGUCAACAUUGGAACACCAGUCAGAGUUGUUAUGAAAGCAUAAUUCUUCUGUUGAAUUUACAAGUCUGAUUGCCAUCAAGGGGUUAAGUUUCAAAGCAAUUGGUCUUGUAUUGCUGGACUUCUAAAUAAACCAGUCCCAGCCCAACAUUCUGUGAACAAUAUUGACACCUACAGGUAGUGGGUGCCUAUUAUGGAUUCUGCCAACCAAAGGGUGAUUGGACAUAAAGUCAGAAUAUGAUUUGGCUGGAAUUAUUUUCAGUGUGUGAAAAUAUAUAUAUAUAUAUAUAUAUGUCACAUUAAAAUGCUUGGGAGCGACUAUGUCCAGUAUAUAUCCAAAACUAAACACAGUCGCUCCCAAGGGUCUAAAUAAGACAUUAUCAUACCAUUCCAUUAUUUGAGGUAUUACUGCUUGUAUUUUGUUUUUAUUGUAUUGUUAUUAUUUAUAACGCGCCAACAAAUUCUGCAGCGCUGUACAAUUGGUGGACUAACAGACACGUAUUUGUAACUAGACGACUUGGACACGCAGCAACAGAGGGAUUGAGGGCCCUGCUCAAUAAGCCUACAUGCUAGAGGGAGUGAGGUAUAGUGACACUAAAGAUAUGUACCGGUAUGUGUUUGAGAUUUGAUAUGGGUAGGGUAGAAAAGUAGGUUGCUAGGAUAGUAUUCACUGAGGGCUUAGUGUUUUGUUUUGAUGACAGUUUCAGAAGAAGUAUCCGGGUGCGAGGAGGGAAAGCUCUUCACAGUUUCAUUGAAAUGCUUUCCUGAAGACGUUGGCCUGGGUAAAAGUCUAACAGAAAGGGGAAUUGUUCAGCCCUAGAGAAGUCUUUUUAAGGUGAGCAUCAGAGGUAGGAGUACGAACAGAGGUUAGACGUAGGUAUUCAGCAGGGCAUAGGGGCUUACACGGGACAUAUUUGUUUAUUAGUUAGGUUAGGUAGGUCGGAGCAGCAUUGUGUAGAGAUUUGUAAGCAAGUACCAGGAUCUUAAAUUGAGCCCUAUAUCUUACGGGAAGCCAAUGUAGGGACUGACAGAGGGUGGAGGUAUGUAUUGCUUCACACACUUAAUUAGUGCAUAAUAACUGUUAAGGAGUCACUGUAUUGGUGCUAUGGGAUAAAUUAGGAAUAUUUUGGUCAGUGGCAUAUUCCACACUGUAGUGUAUGAGUUUACAAAGUACAAUGAAAUCCAUUCACAGCUCAGUAGAGGGCGUUAAAGCCUUCAGCUGCUGAGUGCAGAGACAAAAUAGCCAUGGUGUACUCUAGACUUCUUAAAAAUCUUUUGGCUGGGUUCAUUAUUGAUAAAGAGUAUCAUUAAACCAGAAGAUGAUAUCUUAGACUUCAGUCUUUAGCCAAGAAUAUCUUCUCAUAUAACGAUAUAAGCAAGAACCCCUUGAGAGUGGAAUGUUAGCAGUUACAGGUUUAAAACUUUGAGCUUGACCGUGUUCUGGAGUUUGAGGUUGAUUUGACACAAAUUGCUACCCCUCCUCCCUCACAGUUGGGUCAAGACAAUGGUGCACUGAAUAAUUGAUAGGAACAGCUGUUUAUAACACGAGCUCUGCAUCUUAACCAGUCGGGCUUCUCGAGUUUCAACAAGGUGACAAUAAUAACAUUCUUGUACCAGAGGAGUUAGGUAAAAAACAAGACUGUCCUUUUUGCACUGGCUGAUGUCUUCACAUGGGAAACCCAGAAUGAAACCAUAGGGACAAGUAAAGAGUAUGGUUUACACUUCCUGGACAAGAUGGUUGACAGGGUUCCUGUGCUAUGUAACUUUAUAGGGAUUACUGAGAUGAGCAAAUAGUUAUACUUGCAUUAUGACACAAGAAAGAAGGACGUAAUGACUGGAAACUAAUUACUUAUCUGAAUGAGCCUUAGCAAUAUCCCAGGAAAAAAGGACCUCAAGGUUAAAACCCUAUGUUUCAUGUUAUUGUUUUUUGUCCCAUUACUAUUUUUUUUUUUUUUUAAAGCCAACUUUGAGGGAAUGGGUUUAUUUUAUUUCUUUUAAUUAUGCAGAAACAGACAUAACCACAAACAAAAUAAAAUGAGACUCGACAACAUACAGUUCUUAAAAGUGGUCUAUGUGAUAGCAUCUCAUACAAUUUUAUAUACCAGAUUGAAAUCUGAUUAGCAAAACACACCGGUUUCUAAAUGCCAUGCAGCUACCCUUUUCACAAAAGAACAUACUACCCUGAAGUAAGAUGUAACCUUGCUAUGUCUGUUCAAUGUUUCACAGCUGGACCCACCAGACAGUCAUUCUCUCUUCCUUAAAGGAGCAACGGUUUCUUUCCUCAACAAUGAAAUCUGGAAUCUGUCUAAUGCACAGCAAGGAAAGUAUCUACAUAUCCUUUCUGUUUAACUGCAUACAAUCCAGACCUGCAAGGAGGUUGUAG